UCAACUGAUUCCCGGCUACAAAGCUUCAGGAAGAUCAAUUUCAAUUGAUUGGAUUGGAAUUUAGUCGUUCUGCUGUCCCUCCCUAGAUUGCUGAUUGCAAGUGGUCUGGCAUUUACAUAAUUCUUCUUUUGAUUAGCGUAACAAAUUCAUAAUUGCCACGUUCUGAUAACCUAAUCGAUUCCCUAUCUAUCCAGGUACAGAUAUAGUCAGAUAUCCAUCGGACACUAGCACUCACAGAUACACAGUCGAUUAGUCGAGUUGUCGAGCCCUUGCCAUGGACACACUGAGAGCUUUGGGGCCGUUGCAUCGCGUCUGUCAGGUGUGCAACCUCUGGCAGUGGCGCCUGGACAAGGAGAGCGGACUCCUCCGUCGCUCGCACUGGCUGGAGCUCUAUGGCUGGACGGUCCUGGUGGCGGCCGGCGGCUACACGGCCUAUGGCCUCUUUCAGGAGAGCAGCGGAAGUGAGGAUCCAGAAGAUAUUGGGGAUGCCGAGACGACCAUCAGCAGCAUUGGGCACACGGUGGACUUCAUCCAACUGGUGGGUAUACGGGUGGCGCACAUGGCCGCCCUGCUGGAGGCGCUAUGGCAGCGACAGGCACAGUGCGAUUUUUAUGCGGAGCUGGCCGAGAUCGACCGUCAGCUAGCCAGGGACCUUCAGAUGAACGUCGACAGCAGACAGCUGCGUCGGCGCACCACCCGCCGGGCGAUGUGGAUGCUGUGCGGCUACGCGGCCAGCCAGACCCUAAUAUUGGUGGCGAAGCUACUGUCUCCGCGCCACCAGUUCCCGAUCUACUGGAUCCAGUACCUUCUACCCAUGCUCGUGUGCGGCCUAAGGUAUUUUCAGAUCUUCAGCGCCGUGCAUAUUGUGGCCCAGCGCCUGGAACUACUGCUCGAUGCCCUCCAAACGCUACAGUUACAGGAUUCGGAGGCAGAGGCGGAGGCCCCAGAGGCAUCAAUGGAGCGCCUAGUGGCUGUGCGGCAGCUUUACCAAAAGGUGUGGACCCUCGUAGCCCUGCUUAACCGCAGCCACGGCCUCUCCAUACUGCUCCUGGUGGGCAACGACUUCCUGGCUAUUACCUCCAACUGCUACUGGAUCUUUCUCAACUUCCGCCAGUCAGCGGCAUCGCCGUACGACAUCCUUCAGAUCAUUGCUAGCGCCGUGUGGUCCGCACCGCAUCUUGGAAACGUCCUGGUUAUCUCCCUGAUCUGCGACCGAGCUGCGCAAUGUGCCACCCGCUUGGCCCUGAGCCUGCACCAGGUCAGCGUGGAUUUGACGAACGAGUUGCACAAUGCCCUGGUAGGUAAUCCGAAUGUGCUUCUUGUAAUACCAUAGCUCUGUUCUCCCCUUGAUCGUUAGAUCACCCAGUUCUCGCUACAGCUCCUCCACCAGCGCCUAUAUUUCAGCGCCGCCGGAUUUUUCAACGUCGACAAUACGCUCCUCUAUACAAUUGUGGGCGCGACAACCACAUACCUGAUUAUCCUGAUACAGUUCCACAUGAGCGAGUCCACGAUGUCCAACGGAUCGAGCGGAGACUGAAGACCCGAUGGCAGCUCUUUGACGGGCAGACUCCUUUCUGGAAAUACACAAUAUAAUACACAAAUACGCAAGAAAGGAAGGGCACACUUCGGGGCUGCAGAUACCCCUAUUCCCACGUAGGUUUAUCUGCACCUUAGACUAUGAUAACUCUUAAGCAAGAGCCUCUGCU